AUGUCAGAAAUGGUCUCCCAGCUGUCCCUUCCUACUCUGAGACGCAUUGAGACGCAUGUUGAUUCCCCUUACACGAUCCUUACACGUGCAGGCCAGACCGCUAGCGCAACGACGGUGAUCGUGUCGCAAGCUGCGCAUGUCCAGGGCUGGGAGAGCAGCGACCCGAUGACGACAGGUGGCACCGUUUGGGAUUCGGCGCUGCUGUUGCUGCACUGCCUCUGGAUGGAGGAGGGAAGAGUUGCUGGAGGUGCUGGAGGGGUUGAGAGAAGAGCGGAAGGAGAAGGCUCCAGCUUUGCUGGAGCUUUCUCUGUUGCAGGGGAGGCGGUGUUGGAGCUCGGCGCCGGGACAGGUUUGGUUGGGUUGGCAGCCCGGAAGCUCUUUGGGGCAAAGAAGCUUUUGCUCACCGACUUGCCGCCUCUCUGCCCCCUGCUUGAAGCGAACCUCCGGCUCAAUGGCGAGGAAGUUGAGGGAAGCGUCCGGCCUUUACUCUGGCAGGAGGCAGGUGUGAGCUGGCUGUCGGAAGGCCACAGCUACAGCAGGGUUCUUAUGUCGGACGUGUUGUACCACCAGCCGCAGUACGCUCCGCUGCACAAUGCCCUGCGGGUCCUCGUCCGCUGUUAUCGGGGAGCGCAGCCUUUGAAGGUAUUCUGGGCACAGGAGGCGCACAACCCCAAGCUGUGCUCUCGUUUCAAGAAGGCUUUGACCAAGGAGGGUUGGGCCGUGGAACUCGUGACGUGCGUCGACGACGGCAUGGGGGCCGAAAUCUUUGUCUGCAAGCUGGCUGCACCGACCUUUGUGAAGCGAGUGAGGCGAGUGCACAAAAGGAGCAAGAAUAUCCGCCUGUGGAGAAGGGGCAGGCGGCUGCGCAAGCUGCUUUUCCUGAGAUUGCGCUUGCGCAAGAGACUUCGAGUUGUGCGCCCAUUGCGUUCCUAUCCAUGUCUGAGCAUCUCUCUGCAUGUCUUUGCAAAUCUGCAGGAGUCCGUGCUCGAGCCUGCUUCACCGAGCCUGCAGUCGCCUUCGCUUCAUUCGCUUCGCCUGGCGCUGCCCUCUGAGGACUGGGCCCUGGAGGUCGCAUCGGAGAACGACCGCUGGGCUGGUGGAGCCCAGCUGUGCCUGUCCAACGCCUUUCGCCAAGUCGACGAGCUCGAGGCGCAGGCGCAGGAUCUGAUUGACAGCGGCGUCUGCACCAAGGACGACGCUGCAGUGCAAUGCAUCCGCACAAUCGCCCGGGCCACCGAAGAGCGGGAAGCCCUGAUGCGAAGGCAGUGGUGCGAUAUUGACUUCCAGCAGGGGGAAGAAGCCAACAAGGAGCUUCUGAAACACCUGGAAAAGGACUUCGCCACCCAGCUUGCCAACACGGCCCUAAGGCAGCAGGAGGAUGCGGACUGCGAAGCUCGUUGGUACAACUUGAAGUUGUCUACCGGCGCCCUCGGAGGUAAAGUGUAUCUCAGUGCCGAAGCCAGCGGCGACGGAGUCGAGCUGGCUGGCCAUGAUGACGAGUCCGGGCGUCAGCGCUGGCAGCUGGAGUCCGGUGAAGACUGCAGCUGGCACCGGUUGCGGCUGUCUGGUGGCACGACGCCCGGGCGGCGGCUGUUAAGCCGUGGUGCCUUUGGGCGACUAACUCUUUGCGAGCAUGACGACGGCUCGGGAAGGCAACGCUGGCAAGUUCUGAGAGGUUCCUCUUCUCGAUGUGUGCUGCGUGCUGCUGCAGGUUGCGGCGAUCCCGGCCUUGGUGCUGCAGCGCAGGUGGAGGCGGAGGCGGCCGGCUGCUGCCUAGGCAUCACGGCAGGGCGGCUGUGCCUGCAGGCAGCCGAGGUGGAGUGGGAGAUCGUCGGCCCUAGUGGGAGUUUUCAAGGCUUCUUGCUUGGCGUUGGCGACGCGGCUCUGGAAAGUCGGCCAAAGGAGCCGGAAUCGAGAGCCAGAGACAACCACGACGAUCUCAUGGAGAUUGUGGAGCGCUCCGCAUCCUCCGUGGAUUGGAAGACCCUGAGCGAGGACAGGAUCAGCCGCAUCUUGGGCCAGAAUAGGAAUCUCGGAACGGCUAUUGAUCUUGUCGGCGCAUAUCUCAAGAACUACGAGAUAGACAAGGCCGACCGCCUCUGCGCCCGCAUCGCCCCGCUCUGCCUGGAGCGAGGGGGAGUUUGGCACUUCAAGCUGCUAAACUUCUACACCACUGUGCGAAUGAAGCAGUCCAGAUACGAGGAAGCACUUGAGAUGUACAAGGAGUACGAAAGCCUCAUCAAGUUCUCGCCCGAUGAGGCUUGGGAGCUCUAUGACACGGUGUACCGCAACUUCGGCUGGAUCUACACCAGCCUCCACAACUAUGACAAGGCCCUGGAAUACUUCGAGAGAUGCGUCAACGUGAAAAAACAGCAUGGUGUCAAGGCCCACUGGUUCGACCAGUGGGACUUGGGAAAGACCCACGCGCGGCUGUCCCUGCAACAAGGUCGGCCAGAGCAGCUGGAAGUGGCGGGCCAGCUCAUCGAGGAGGCUCUAGCCAUGCACCGCGAGAUGGAGCCUGAAGACCUGAUCAUGCGCUGUAAGAUGCUCAAUUCAGCUGGAGAGUGCUUCUCCGUUAGGGGCGACUUCUGCGAGCGGCAGGUCGCCGAGCAAUGGUGGGACCGGGCCAUCGCGCUGCAUGAGGAGUCCUACGAACUCUACAUGAAGGUUCUGGGCCCAAAGAAGCCGUUGACCGGCUGGGCCAUGGAGGACCUGGCCGGGGCCUACCAGAGGCGAGGCAGGCUGGAGGAGGCCAAAGGCCUACUUGUGGGAGCUCUCCGUGUCGAGUGCGCCAAGGACAUCAUCAAGCUCUCCUCCAUGGCACGCUUGCUGGAUUCCGUGCUGGAGCUUCACAAGGCGACCAACGAUCUGGCGGGACUUGCCCACUGCCAGGAUGCCAUCAAUGAGGGCUUGGGGAACCUGCAGAAGCGACAAAUUGACCGGUCGGAGGCCACAAGCUAUGCUGCUCUCCUGCAGAAGAUCUCCGAGCUGCUGCUCGAGUACGAUCUGGCCAACCGCAAGGGUGCCAUCGCCUUGCUGGAGGAAGGUCUUGGCUACCUCAGGAUGGGCUCGACUUCUGAUGGCAGCCCGCAUGUGGAAUCCAAGUUGCCAAUGGAUGAUCAGGAGCAUCGGCUGCACAUCCCGAGAGCUGGACAGCAGGAGAUGCAAGUAGAUCUGGAAGUGCUGAAGACCGCUAUCCAGGAGCAGCUGCAACGUCUGAAGACAGGGAUGCCUUGCAGACCAUCCCACCUGACGUCCAGCCGGGCAGAGCAGAAGGACAUCGAUUUCGAGGUCGUUGACGAUGACGCCCCUCUCCAAGGGCAGUUCUCGCGCGUCGAUUGA